CCUGCAGUCCUGAGGCUAACAUACCUAAGGAAGAAGCACCAUCCUAUCCAGAUACUAAUAAAAUUGUGCUAAAAAACCAAGAUCAAACUGUGAUUUCACUAAGACUGCCAGAAGUGAGUAAAGAGGAGGAAGAGAUUAGUAAAGAGGAGGAAGAGAUUAGUAAAAUAAUUGGGGAAUCAUCUGGCAAUAUAGUAAAGCAGAAGAAAGAUUACUGGGAUAAUAUGAUGACAAAGAAUCUAGAACCAAAAUCUUGCAAAAUAGUUGCGAAAGGAAAAAUUAUAAGUGAGCAUUUUCUCUGUGAAGAUAUAAGUCCAUUAGAUGACAUUAGUGUAUCAACCAACUCGGGCAGUCCUCCUCCUCUACCUGUAACACGACCACCAAUAUACGCUGACGCAAACAAGGAACCGAAGUCAACUUUACACGAUUCUCAAAAAGCAAAAGAAAUAUCAGAAAAGAGAAAGUAUUGGGAUAAUUUAUUUGCCAAAAGGAAAGAAAGUGAAAGAAAAUCGGCAGCUCAGAAAGAUAAUGAUCUUUCAGUUAUAAACCAAAGGGAAAAUGAUAUAGGAAUAAACACAAGUACAGGUGAUGAUACCACAAAGUCUAUUAAUGUUACUGCGAAUGUUCAAUUGCCUGAGCAUGUUGAAGAACCUGAGAAAGAUACAGAAGAGUCUGACAGCAAAUCAGUCCAUCCUGCGCCUGGAAAGACAUUCGUCGCACAAAAGAAAGGUUUCUGGGAUGACCUGAUCGCCAAGAAGACACGUGAGCCAGGAGUCAACACGACUUUCAUUGUACAGAGGCCUCUAGUAUCCACGCACGGCCGUCAAAAUCGUAGUUGUCCCGUUGAGAUAGUAACAGACGAAGUAACUGGAGGAGAUGAAGAGAUGUGCACUGAGAUCAAAGAGACCAAGACAGUGCUUGGUCGGAAACUGAGUAUCAAAAUUAAAAGUGGGAUCGUACGAGCCAAUCAGCGUUUAUAUGAGUCAGAACGUGAAGAUGAGUUUACAAUAUGGAAAAAAUCUAAGGAAUUUAAGAGACGAGGGAAGCAUAAUUUAUCAUCGCCUAGAAAAAGUCCCCAGAAGCUCUCUAGAGAAAAUCGUGGCCCAGAAUCAGUAAGAGAUCAGCCAAGAGUUGCUGCAUCACCAGUUCCAAGGCACAGGAAGCUAAAGAAGGGGCGUCCGACAUCCCCCAGACCUCAAGACGACCAGUCUUCGUCCGGUGAAGACGAACAAAGCGUUCCAAGAGUGCGAAGGAAAACGAGUGUGAAAAUACAAAAAGGGUUAGUGAAAGAGUGCAAAUCCCAAUGGGAAUCUAAAUGUUCAAAAUCUGGGUUUUGGACUUGGAAAAGGCACCGGUUACAGUACUCGCCGUCAAAACCGAAAUCAUCUCCGGUGAAAAGACAAACCAAGAGACACUCAUCUCCUCGUAAAUCUCCGACACCAAAGGCAAGCCCAGUAAUUUCAUAUACAGCAAGGUACCUGGACACACCCAAGUCGCCAACACAGACAAGGAAAGAACGAGACGAUGAGAGGUCACCACCUCCAAGUCCUCCAGUAGAUCGACCUCUGACGCCAGAGGAAACCGAGGAGUUCCUCCAGGACAUCAGGGGAAGGGUGGCCAGCCAAAGGAAGAGGUUUGAUAGUCUUGGCAGCGUCAUUAGCGAGAGCAGUGGGAAUAGCCUUGACGCCGUGGAUGACCACACCAAUCAUACGGCUAAAAGUCCCCUUGAUCUGGAUGAAGACUACAUCAGCUGUAUUGUCGGGAAGGUAAGCAAACAUAAGAAACUGUGGGAGACGAAAGCAGAGGAAAAGAGCCAAAGAAACAAGGACAGCAAGGUAACCACCAAGGCGCAAGCAUCAAGAAAUCAAGGACGUGGAAAGCCUCAGAGUCCAAUACCCACAAGUAAGAAGGGAAGGGGACGCGUGACUUACAUCAUCCACAGCACAAUCGAAGGCGACGUCGUCCUUGAAACAGUCGACGGGACCUAUUCAUCUCACCAAGAAUCAUGGGAUAUCCAGACCAGGAAGCAACAACAAUCGCAACGUCUGCAAGCACCUGGGGAGAGCAUGAAGGUUGAGAGGAAGGGAGCAGAUAUCUCUGAGAUCAGCCGCGCUCAUCCCCGGGGAGAUGUGGAUGAGCUGGUCGCCGCUGCUUCCAUCCCACACACGACCAGUGAUGCUGGGGAUGUCAUACUGCCGGAUGAGGAAACCCGAGGUCAUUCUCCAGUUAUUAUGAACCCCAGCCCACACUCCAGUUCUUGGCCAAGCCCACAGUCUUGCUCUCCGACUCAAAGCGCCGGAGAACAACCCAUCGAAGCAUCUGGAGCCUCGGAGGACCCUGUGGCAUCCGAGACUGCCCAGUACUACCAGUCAUACAAGCACACCUUUGCAUCUGCUCGUAGCUUCUUUGAGAGUGCAACAACUGACCAAGAUGGAGUCGAGCUUAACAACUACACAAAAUACGAGGAUAGACACAAAAGUCUUGCCGACUUUGUGGUUACUGAACAAGUAAAUGUAUCCUGUAACGACAGCGAAACUUGGAAUUAUUCCUCACAAGGCCUGAACUCCCCCAGCAAUCCCAUUGAAAAUGCAGCGACAGACACUGACCUAGAAGUUGAUGCUGAUAAUAUGAAAUCUGUUUAUAGUUCCCAAGACAUGAAUUAUACUAGGCAUUCAAGGAAAGAAACACAAGAAUGCGAGACUCGCCUGGUGGACAGCGGUUGCCAAACCGACGAUGAAUUCGAAGACACUCCUCGAAGUCGAAUAUAUCGUGUGAGUCGGGCUUGCCAGAGUGAUGCUGAAAGUGACAACGAAACGUUGAAAGUGAGAGAUCACAGUCCAUCGCAAGAUCGAGAAAUACAAGUUUCUGAAGACGACCUUACUAAUCCUCUAAAGCGUCGUUUACCACAUGACUAUCGCCAAUACGAUUUGCUAGAAAAUCCCAAAUCAAAGCGUCGGAUAUACCAAAGGCGAAACAAAUCGCAAACAUUGACUAGAAGUAAAUCCCUGCCAGGAAUUGAAUUCGCAACCAUCCCAGAUCCAAAGCAUAAUAGGACUACAAUAAAUCCACUAAGCAAUUUCUGGCCAAGUGAGCCCGAAGCCGACAGACCCAGAUCUUACAAGUUCGGAAUAUCAGAUUCAUCUUCUCUUGUAGCGUCUCUCAUGGACCUAACAAGGGAUUUACCUACAGCUUAUCCUGACUCACAUAACCAGGACGACUUAGAAGAUCUCGAUCAUGAUGUCUUCCAGCACUUCCCCCAGGGAGAGGUGAUACAGACGCUGAGCGGAUGCUACAGGGGAGAAUUUCCCCAUAUUCCAGUGAAUGGGCGAACACGGCAUCAUGGCAGAGUUCCCAGAGCUGGCCAAAGAGACCUGAUUUCUCUCCGGGAACUUCGCCGUCGCGCCAGUUUACCCGAGUGUUUGGCUCUCCUACCGAUCUCUGAGGCUCCCAGUCCCGAGGCAGGAUCUCCGGUGGAAGUGAUACGCAAUCCCUUCCAUCCCAUGGACCAAAUUACUGCCCAACUAAUGAAGGAGUCAAGCGUAGAUAAUUGUGAAAAUGGUACUCCUUGUAUGUACAAUAGUAGUGAAAGUAUCAAUUUAUCUGUAAACAGUGAUGAGAGUGAGAAACAUAAACCAGUAUGUGAUGGCGUAAGCGAAAAUGAGCAAAUUGCUGAUUCCGGUAAGGAAGAAUGGGAUACUUACGGUGAGACCACAACAGAUUCCAAUUGUGAUGUCGAAUAUGGAAUUAAUGAAAGUAGAAACUGCGUCGAAGCAACACCUAAUCUUACGUGCAGUGCGUAUGGCGAUGGUCUAGAGCGAGGGAAGUUAGGAGAAGUUUUAACUUUCAUCGUCGACACUGCCGGCGCACAGCAAGGCGAGGUAACAAUCAGCGUGGAUGGACCAUUCAAGGGCUCUGUGUCAGGGACUGAAGUGUACCCCAUAGAAGAAUAUACAGGAGCCUACUUAGUCAACUACAUGGUUAACACACCUGCACCAUAUCAAGUUGCCAUUACGUGGAGUGGGCAACAUAUAGCAGGCAGCCCAUUUACUUGCAUUGUGGAAGCAUAAUAUUUUAUUGUUCAGAAUUUGUUACAUGAUAUAUUCUGUCAGGUCCAUGAACUUAUUACCUGUUAAUGCAUAUACAAUUGAAUUCUGCUGUAAAUAUGUCCUAUUCUUUUGUUAUCUAGUCUGUGAAAACUACUGUAUAAUAGUCCCAAUUUAUGUAGGGUGUUCAUUUUAACUUUAUGAGAUACUGAUUUAUCAGAGAAUUAUAGAUAAUGCUAAAGGUAAGAUGUGACUAUAUGUCACAGAAGGCAGGACUUCUCUCUAUUCUAAUGAAAGAAAUAUUUUUAGUUUGGAAUAAAAUAUAUUGAAGUUUGUGACUGAAAAUAUUACAAUGCAAACUAUUAUAAAUGUCUUGAUUCAUAUAUUUUGAAUUGUGAAAUAUUAGUUAUUUUCAGCUGCCAUAGUGCUAGUGUAAAAAUAUAUUGAAAUAUAAUAGCUGUGAUAUAUUGUA